AUGGGCCUUUGCAAGUGUCCUCAACGCAAAGUGUCAACUUUAUUUUGUUUUAAACAUCAUGUCAAUGUUUGUGAAUCAUGUCUUGUUAGUGAACACAAUCAAUGUAUUGUGCGUUCAUAUGUAUCUUGGCUUCAAGAUAACGACUAUAAUCCUAACUGUACUCUUUGCCAACGCUCAUUAACCGAAACUAGUGAAGAAACCAUUCGUCUUAUUUGUUACGACCUUUUCCAUUGGCCGUGUUUAAACGAAUAUUUCCGUUCAUUUCCAAAUCACACCGCUCCAGAUGGAUAUACGUGUCCAACAUGCCAUACAUGUGUCUUUCCGUCUUCGAAUCUUGUCUCGCCAGUUGCGGAUCAAGUCCGAAGAAAACUAGCGACUGUCAAUUGGGCAAAUCGACUGCCGGUUUUAGCCUCACAUGAGUCAAAUUUCAAUCAAGAUAAACAACUGUUAUUAACUGAAACAGAAAACAAUGGUUAUGUUAUUGUGAAUCCAACGACUAGUUCUAAUAGUAAUGUCGAGCAUCUAACUGGAUUAUCACACCAUCCACAUCGAUCUAUUGAUAUGGCACAAGGAGUAGCAGUAUUAUCAACAAGACCAUCGCAAAUGGAUCUUGACGAUGACGAUAAAUACAAACGUCGUAGUGUGUUUACGUGGUUUGCCCGGUGGAUGCGUUCUCACCAGUCAGCAUCACGUCGAGAUUCUUUCACUAGUAAUCGCUCUCAAUUAUCUCGAACUCGUUUCGCAAUCUAUACGAUAUUCGCCGUCCUAUUUGUAUUCAUGACAAUUCUAAUCGUUCUGUAUCAUUUUACACGUGGUAACGACGAUGAACGCUUAGAUAUUAUUAGGGAUCCACAAUUCAAUCCAUUGAAUAAUCCCUUUAUUCGUGUUGGCAAUCGUUUCGUGUACUGUACGAAAAACAACAACAAACCACAAUUGACUCUAAUAAUGAUGAUGAAUAUUAUCCGUCGUUUUCUUUCAACUUCUUCGGAGAACAGUUCUUAUACCAUUUCAUCCCGUUUGCUUAAUCGCAAUCCUCGUACGCUCGAAUGGCAAAACCUACAAUGGCGUGCAACUGGUUGGCCAUUACAAUAUCCUCCAAAAGACUAUCUACAUCGUGCACGACUACUCUCAUCAGGCCGACAUUUAAUCGCACAAAUCGAUCAUUAUCACACAGGAAAUGUUUGUGUAGAAGCGUCAACGCGUGAAUGGGCCAUUCGGAAACACUUAGCAACAUGUAAAGAUCGUUCUGCGGCUUAUAAUCUUGCUUUGAUUCUAGCACAACGUGCAGAGGAAUGUGGAAUCACGAAGAUCUAUUUCGGUCAUCCGCAUGAUCAGAGAUAUGAGAAAUCUUCACGAUUACAGUACUUUUACCGUGGUUUAGUGGAUUCGACUAUUGAAUUUGAAGAACGUGAAGCUAGCCAAACACAAAUGACCAAAGAUUCCAUUCAAGGUAUUAACUACGAUGAACACGAACGUGAUGUGAGAUACGCACCACCGAAUAUCCAUUUUCCACCAGAUACAUAUCAAGAAAAACUACAUUACUUUCAACUAGGAUUAAGCAAACCGAAUGAACAUAUGCUAAAUCGUCUUUUUCCUCGUUCUUUUCCGUUAUCACUAUCAUCACUUCAUCAAUCGAUUCGUUUUCUAUCUUUAUCAUCAGUUAAUUACAAACGCACACAUACAGAUAUACGUGAAGGUGCUGUACGAGAAAUCAAUUUACAUCCCGAGAAUACUCAAGCACCAUUAAGUAUCGACGUCAGUAAAUAUUAUGGUGGACCAGGACAAGUUCGUGAAACUGACUUCGAAACAUUAUUCGGCGAAGCAAACAAUUCUGAAGUACCUCAAGUUAAAUAUGAAGACUUGCCCAUUGUUCAUAUCAAAUGUACACGGAAUAAUACGCUAGUCGAUGUUAGUGAUUGUACAGGUCAACAGAUUUUCCGUACGUCGUGUGGCGUGGUCGGCUUUCACAAUGCAAAGAAAGGCACAACAACAGCAGCGCAAGCUGUGGGGAUACACAUGGGAAACAAUCUAUCGCGGCGAAAUAUGAAAUAUGUGCGAGUAGUGGUGAAAGGUACUGGGCCAGGACGUUUGAUGGCAAUUAAAGGUUUGCAACUAGCUGGAGUUAAUAUUGUAACAAUAACUGAUAAUACGAGUAUUCCGACAAUACAUGUCGGACUACAGCGACCGAAAAAAAUGAGACGUAUGUCUAACCCACAUAUAACUAGUACGGCUCGAUCAAAUCAACCGCGCCGGAAAUGGUUUAUCAAUUUACAAUUGGACAGACAAGAACGUGCAAUCAAUGCUGCUGCUGCUGCUUCAACAGUAUUAGCAGCAACUACAGAUGGUUCGGUAGCAACCACAGCUAAUAAUGAACUUAAUCUGAUACCUGUGGGCUUCUCUAACACCAGAGUACAAGAUAAAGUGACUCCAGAAGACGACGAUCGCCUAUUAGCAAGACGUUCAUGGGAUAUCGCAUUGCAACCAAUCAAACAAUUACCAAUGAUGAUGAUAUUUUCCUGGAUGGCUGGUAAUUCAUUUUCAUUGAUGUCCAUUAUGAUUGUUGGGACACUGUUUAUGAAACCAAUUCAAUCGGUAUUUUCUCUUGGCUCGGCAUUUGCAUCAUUAGAACAAGAAGGUGUUGGCGGAAACAUUUGGCUUCUGAAAAUAGUCUACCUAUUAGGCAGUUUAGCACAUUUAGGAUUGGCUCUAUACAAGUGUCAAUCGAUGGGUUUAUUACCGACGUAUAAUUCGGAUUGGAUUGCCUUUGCUGAUCAACAAACGCAGAUGGAAAUGACUGUUGGAGGCUUUGCUUACCAUUAA